UGUAUGUAUAUAUGUAUGUAUAUAUAUAUGACACAGAGAGAGAGAUAUUCAGAUUCUGUACAAAAUAUUCUAUUGUAGUCGUUUUACAAGUCUAAAACAACCUGUCUUCAUCAGUGGGCAACUGCCAGAUGUGGCGAAAAUGCUGGACAAAGAGGAUUUCACCAUAAUGAAGCGUGCCAUCUUCGCGACUCAGAGAACAUGCCAGCCUCCAGUCUGCACCCACAACAUGCUGGACGACAGCAGCGACCCCAUCCUCAACUGUGUCCGCCGUAUCGGCCUUUUCAACAGCUCUGCUGACCGUGUCAAGGUUAUCUUCCAUCCUGAGUUCCUUUCGUCCACCUCUCCUCUACUUCCAAUGGAUUAUGAGGAGUUUGUAAGAGGCUGCCACCUCGGCGUCUUCCCCUCUUACUACGAGCCUUGGGGCUACACACCAGCUGAGUGCACAGUCAUGGGAAUUCCAUCAAUCUCAACUAACCUGUCAGGCUUUGGCUGUUUCAUGGAGGAGCACAUAGCAGACCCCUCAGCAUAUGGUAUUUACAUCCUGGACCGCCGGUAUCGAGGGGUCGACGAGUCGUGCAACCAGCUCACAUCCUUCCUGUUUCAGUUUUGCAAGCAGAGCCGGCGCCAGCGGAUCAUCCAGAGGAACCGGACUGAGCGUCUGAGCGAACUCUUGGACUGGAGAUACCUCGGCAGGUAUUAUAUAUCUGCCCGUCAUAUGGCCCUGGCUAAAGCCUUCCCUGACACGUACAUGUAUGAACUUCAUGAGCCCACCUCGACCUCAGGUUUCCGUUACCCUCGACCAGCUUCUGUGCCUCCGUCUCCAGCUCUGUCCCGCCACUCUUCCCCCCACCACAGCGAGGCUGAGGACAAUGACGAAGAAGAACGCUAUGACGAAGAUCUGGAGGCGGAAAAGGACCGGGUGAACAUCCGCCAGCCCUACACACUGCCAUUCAAAAAUAAGUCUUCUGCUGUCCUGGGGGCCAAUGGAAACGGCGAUGGUGUCACGAGCGAGAACAACUGAGACA